AUGUACGAAAACCUUUCAGUGCCCGAUGAGCGAAAUCCCAUUUCAGCAUUCAAAUUGUACAUGACUAAACGGCCAAAGAAAACUCUCGUCGAUGGGUCGCCAUUCUACCUAACGAUAAACAAUCUUGGCAGAGAAAAGUUGGCCUUAUCAAGUGCGAAAUGGUUCAAGUGUCAACCUAUGGGAGUUAGCAAUCUAAAUACCUUGAUUAGAGACUGUUCGAAGGCAGCUGGUCUUGCAACAGAUAAGCGAAUCACCAACCAUAGUGCAAGGAAAACGCUUGUGCAAAAACUGCGAGACAGCGAUGUUCCUCCGACAGAAAUUGUCCAGAUAACCGGCCAUUAG